AUGUCAUUGCCUAAAUGUACUUUUAAGAGAGAACGCAUGUUUAAGACUUGCUCACUUAAAAAUAUCAUCUUUUAUUCUUUUAUCAGUUAUUCUAGAGAUGGAAUAGGAGCACCUUUUAUGGGAAGUCUGGCAGAAUUGUGUGACAUAGUCUCACAGAUACAAAUGCUCUAUUUAUUGUUGAGUCUGUGUAUGGGCUGGACCAUAGGCAGAAUGAAGAAAUCUCAUGGCAGACCUCUUCAGUGGGAUUCCACUCCAGCAUCUACUGGCAUUGCUGUAGUAGUUGUUGUUACACAGAGCUUUUUAUUAAUUUGGGAGCAGUUUGAAGAUACGACUCACCACAGCUACCAUUCGCACCAUGGCUUAGCCAGCGGACUACUUAUUGGCCUCAGAGUUUGCCUAGCUUUGUCACUGGCUGCUGGUCUUUACCAGAUCAUCACAGUGGAGAGAAGCACCCUGAAAAGAGAAUUCUAUAUCACCUUUGCCAAAGCUUGCAUUCUCUGGUUUUUGUGCCACCCAUGUCUUGCAACCAUUUCUGUAAUAUUCAGAGAAUAUCAAAGAGAAAAGAUUAUUACCAUAGGUGUUAUCCUCUGUCAGUGCAUCUCCAUGGUUAUCCUCUACAGACUUUUUCUAUCUCAUAGUCUAUAUUGGGAAGUAUCUUCACUGUCAUCAGUGACAUUGCCACUAACAGUAUCCUCUGGACAUAAAAAUCGACAUCACUUCUGAGAUGUUUAGGAAGAAUACAUUAUGUAAUAAAUGUGCAAUAAUGACCUAAAUAUACAGGUAUUUUUAUCACAGGUGUGUGAUACAUUGGUUUCACUGGA